AUGUCAACCCCGACGAAUCCAUCGACUGCCCGUACCCCAACCGGACCAAAUGGCGGACCCCCGAGAAUGCGUCGCCCGAAAGCCGCAGAUCCUUUGGUCCGACCAAAGCGUCGACCGUUGCCCAAACCAGCUACGGCUGCAGUAGGUGGCUACAGGUCAGCUGCCAAAUCGCUUCCUUCGCGCCCAUCGGACUCUGCCUCGGUGUUUCAAUCGGAUAGACCUAUGAUCGAGCUUUCAAACAAUGAGAUGGCAUCCAACGGAUUCAGUGGACCUCUUCUCAGCGACAAAUACUGCGAUUAUCCCGUAGUGACCACAAAGCGAGCCUUGAUGGAGGGACUGAAGCACCAUGUGGCGCGAUUCGCCUCCAAGAAAAGCGUCGACCCACGCGAUGAAUCUCAAUUUACACGACCCGUUCGACUUCACCGGCGGGACCCGCGCUCGCGCACACAGGAUCCAAACGCAGGGAGGACCGAGGUGGAUGGGGAGCCGAUGGAUGCAGCGGAGCGGGAGGCCUAUGAUGCCCGGAAGGACGCCCGCGAGAAGGAGCGCGCUCAGAACCUAGCGCAAAUCGCCCCUGCCCUGGGUUCCACCUCGAAGCGCCCAAACGCCCCCAAACAGAAGACACAGCAAGUUUUCAAGUCAGACAUGACACCAGAGGAGAUCGCCAGAGCGCGCAUCAAGUAUGAGGAGGCCUUGCCCUGGCACUUGGAGGACUUUGAUAACCAGCACACUUGGGUCGGAAACUACGAGGCAGCGUUAUCUGAAACCCACGCAGUGUUCAUUAUGGAAAACGGCAAGAUGCGAAUGGUGCCAGCUGAGAAGUGGUACAAGUUCAAUGCGAAGAGUAAUUUCAAGGCUUUGACGAUCGAUGAAGCCGAGAAAUUCAUGGCCAAGAGAAUCAAAGAUCCGCGAUGGUUCAUGGAAAAACAGCAACAAAUGGCAGAGGAGAAAGAACUAGCAACAUAUGCCAAACAGCGCAAAGUCUACGCUGGAAAGCAAGGCGCACAGGCGGGCAAGGGCGAGGGACUGGAGGGUGGCGAAAUGGACUUUGAAGAGGAUCGGUUCGCCGAUGACGAGGAGCAUGAUGACCUCUUUAAUGAAGACGAAGACGCCAAAGAUGCCGAGAAAAGAAUCAAAGAAGACCAGCUCAAGGCAAACGUCUUCAAUCUCAAGGAUGAAAAGGAAUACGACGCAGAAGAAAUUCGAGAGAAGCGGGAGCGGGAGGCUCGUCGUGUAUUGGGUAAGGGUGUUCGCAAGGCAUUGAAGAAGAGAGAACGAAACUACGACUACAGCAGCGGCUCGGAUGCCAACCCAUACUCAGACGAGGAGAGUUCCGACGACAGUGAAACCGAGCGUGCCAAGGAAGAAGAGCGCAAAAAGGCAGAAGAAGAAAAGAACCAGAAGGACUCGGCGGCCUCCUCCAAGGGCAACAAUACACCCUCUGGUCGACCCAAACACACCGACGCCUUAAAGAAAGCAGCUGGAUCCCGGAAGAGACUUGGAUCACCCAAUGCCUCCGAUGCCAGCGGCACUGACACUUCCCGGAAGAAGGUCAAGAACAUGCACAAUCUAUCCUCUCAGCCACCAUCGCGUCCAAUUUCCCCCUCGGCGCUACCGACUGGCAAGAAACGUGUGCGACCUAACGCCCCCGGUGGCGCAGGAUCUGGCAGCGAUGUUGACACUGGUGUCGGGUCUGGAGCGGAAAUGACUGAAAAUGGGAAGCUCAAGAAGCUCAAGCUCAACCCUCCGACUGGUUCCCGUAGUGGCACCCCACAAGGCUCCCGGGCUGGUAGUCCCAUGGCGGGUCGACCUCCUGGAAGUCGUGCCAGCAGUCCGGAGGGCAUGAAACGCCAAGCUCGUGUAUCGACCCCUGUGUCUGGCAAUCAGCCGUUCCCUACCGCUGCUGAAAUCCACGCCGCCAUCCCGGCUGCCGGUAUCCUUAGUACUGACUUGCUGAGGAUCUUCCGCCCCCGCAUUGGUGGCUCCAAGGAGAACCACCGCAGAUUCAUUGCCAUCGUCCGGGAUGUCGGUGUUUACGGGAAGGAAGAUCGCAUGUUACGCCCUGGUAAUUGGAAAGGCAACUAA